AUGGGCUGUCAGACGUCGAAAGACGUUCUGCCCGUGAGUCCCAAUGAACGACGGCCCAGUCUCAACGAGAUCUUCCUCCAAGCUGCGUCCAAGCAGAUCGCCCGUGACGAGAGCGGCGUGGGAGCUGGUCGACCGCCAGCAAGUGACUCCCACCGGGAUGUCUUUAGUAUCUUUGGGGAGCGUGGCAUGCCCAUUGACGUGCCUCCUCGAGAGAGUUUAGUAUCACCUGCAUCCAGCACUUGUCCACCGAUUAGUCCCAGUGGCAGUGUCUUUUCAACGGCCACUACUGCCUCAGACACGGAGCGGACGCUCGUGUUGCGCCGACCAGCAGGUCAGUACUUCCCUCAGCUUCGGUUAAGCUACGGGGUUUACUCGAACACGGGCGUUCGGAGAGACAAUGAGGACCGACAAACGAGCACGUCACAGAUGAUUGACGACGAUCUCGUGGCUUUCUUUGGGCUGUACGACGGCCACGGUGGAUCGGAAGUGGCCGAGUAUUUGGCUCGGAACUUUCAUGAUAACGUGUUCAAGUAUCUUCGGAAAGCAGUGAUGAAUGAAGUGGAGAAGGCACGGAGUGUGCGGACCCCGGAUAAGGUUCUUAGAGAAGCCGUGCGGAGAGCUUGUGGUGCUACGGACGAAGAGAUAAUUAAAGCGCAAUUGCCCAGUGGAUCUACUGCUGUGUCGGUUGUCGUUCGUGGCAGCACGGCGCUCGUGUCUUCUGUAGGGGACUCACAGGUCGUCUUGUCCACGAGUGGCCAGGCAAAAGACAUGUGCAUCGCUCACACGCCACAGCUUUCUAGUGAACGAGAGAGGAUUCUUGCCGCGAAAGGGCAGGUGUCCAAGGGCAGGAUUUACGGCAUGCUUGGCGUCUCUCGUGCUUUUGGUGACAUUGAUUUUAAGACUGGACGAGGAGAGUUCAAGAGCAGGUUCAAUGGUGAUCUGGUCAGUGCUACGCCUGACAUUGUAGUGCACGAGAUCAAGAGUCAAGAUGAGUUCAUGGUACUUGGUUGCGACGGACUCUUCGAUGUGAUGAAGCCCCAAGACGUCGUGAACUUUGUGCGGGCCAAGCUGGGUCUUCACGGAGACGUCCAGCACGCGACCGAGGAGCUCGUGAGCCAUGCCAUCGCACUUGGGUCGACGGACAACGUGAGCGCCAUUAUCGUAUGCUUCAACCAGAACGAGCAAGAGGUUGCACCUGUGACGCCCAUCGAAGCGGCGCAGGCAGCUGAAGCUCAGAAGAAGCGUGGGUCGCGGUAA